AUGUUACGGUAAAUUCUGAUUCUGCUAUAUAAGGAUCGACACGACUGGGGUUACUAGGGCUUUUCCUUCUCCUUCAACAGGUGUAGCAGCGGCCGCCAAUCGCCAUGGUCCUCAAGACUGAGCUCUGCCGUUUCAGUGGCCAGAAGAUAUAUCCAGGAAGGGGUAUUAGAUUCAUUAGAUCUGACUCGCAGGUCUUCCUGUUUGCAAAUUCCAAAUGCAAGAGGUAUUUCCAUAAUAAGUUGAAGCCCUCAAAGCUCACAUGGACUGCCAUGUUCCGGAAGCAGCACAAGAAGGACAUUGCUCAGGAAGCUGUGAAGAAGAGACGUCGUGCAACCAAGAAGCCGUAUUCAAGGGCCAUUGUGGGAGCCACUUUGGAAGUUAUUCAGAAGAAGCGAAGUGAAAAGCCUGAAGUCCGUGAUGCUGCUAGGGAGGCAGCUCUUCGUGAGAUCAAGGAAAGGAUCAAGAAAACCAAGGACGAGAAGAAAGCAAAGAAAGCCGAGGUAGUUUCAAAACAGAAGACCCAAGCCAAGGGUGGCAAUGUUCCUAAAGGUAAGGGUCCUAAGCUCGGAGGUGGCGGUGGGAAGCGUUGAAAAGUACCAUUGUCAUUGCUAAACCUUUCAGUUUUUUGUAUCGUUCAUGUCAAUUUCAUCGUCCCGAACCUGUUCUUUUAGAUGUUUGUUAUCAUUUACAAUUUUGAGAGAUUUUCAGAUCUGCAAUUUCUUGAAA